CCGCUCUAUGAUGCUUGCGCGCGUCCCCCGCGCGCCGCGCUGCGGGCGGGGCGGGUCUCCGGGAUUCCAAGGGCUCGGUUACGGAAGAAGCGCAGAGCCGGCUGGGGAGGGGGCUGGAUGCGCGCGCACCCGGGGGGAGGCCGCUGCUGCCCGGAGCAGGAGGAGGGGGAGAGCGCGGCGGGCGGCAGCGGCGCUGGCGGCGACUCCGCCAUAGAGCAGGGGGGCCAGGGCAGCGCGCUCGCUCCGUCCCCGGUGAGCGGCGUGCGCAGGGAAGGCGCUCGGGGCGGCGGCCGUGGCCGGGGGCGGUGGAAGCAGGCGGCCCGGGGCGGCGGCGUCUGUGGCCGUGGCCGUGGCCGGGGUCGGGGCCGUGGCCGGGGCCGGGGCCGGGGCCGGGGCCGCGGCCGUCCCCAGAGUGGCGGCAGCGGCCUUGGCGGCGACGGCGGCGCGGGCGGCUGCGGCGUCGGCAGCGGUGGCGGCGUCGCCCCCCGGCGGGAGCCUGUCCCUUUCCCGUCGGGGAGCGCGGGGCCGGGGCCCAGGGGACCCCGGGCCACGGAAAGCGGGAAGAGGAUGGACUGCCCGGCCCUCCCCCCCGGAUGGAAGAAGGAGGAAGUGAUCCGAAAAUCAGGGCUCAGUGCUGGCAAGAGCGAUGUCUACUACUUCAGCCCGAGUGGUAAGAAGUUCAGAAGUAAACCUCAGCUGGCAAGGUAUUUGGGAAAUGCCGUUGACCUCAGCAGUUUUGACUUCAGAACUGGCAAAAUGAUGCCUAGUAAAUUACAGAAGAACAAGCAGAGACUGCGGAAUGAUCCUCUAAAUCAGAACAAGGGUAAACCAGACUUGAACACAACAUUGCCAAUUAGACAAACUGCAUCAAUUUUCAAGCAACCAGUCACCAAAGUCACAAACCACCCCAACAAUAAAGUGAAGUCAGACCCACAACGGAUGAAUGAACAACCACGUCAGCUUUUCUGGGAGAAGAGACUGCAAGGACUUAGUGCAUCAGAUGUAACAGAACAAAUUAUAAAAACCAUGGAGCUACCCAAAGGCCUUCAAGGAGUCGGUCCGGGUAGCAAUGACGAGACCCUUCUGUCUGCUGUAGCCAGUGCUUUGCACACAAGCUCUGCACCAAUCACAGGACAAGUCUCUGCGGCCGUGGAAAAGAACCCUGCUGUAUGGCUUAACACAUCCCAACCCCUCUGCAAAGCUUUCAUUGUCACAGAUGAAGACAUUAGGAAACAGGAAGAGCGAGUCCAACAAGUACGCAAGAAAUUGGAAGAAGCACUGAUGGCAGACAUCCUGUCCCGGGCUGCUGACACGGAGGAGGUAGACAUCGAUAUGGACAGUGGAGAUGACGCUUAAGAAUAUGACCAGGUAACUUUCAACUGACCGUCCCCAAGAGCAAAUUGCUAGAAACGGAAUGAAAACAUUUCCACCGGGUUUCGCCUGUAAGAAAACAGUGUACCUGAGCACAUAGAGCUUUUUAAUAGCACUAACCAAUGCCUUUUUAGAUGUAUUUUUGAUGUAUAUAUCUAUUAUUCCAAAUGAUGUUUAUUUUGAGUCCUAGGACUUAAAAUUAGUCUUUUAUAAUAGCACGCAGGACCCUUAAAAUGAAGUGGAGCUUCUGAUGCCAGGUGCAAUCUACUGGAAAUGUAGCACUUACGUGAGAUAUUUGUUUCCCCCACAGUUUUAAUAUAAACAGAUCAGGAGUACCAAAUAAGUUUCCCAAUUAAAGAUUAUUAUGACUUCACUGUAUAUAAGCAGAUUUUAUACUUUAUUGAAAGAAGAUACCUGUACAUUCUUCCAUCAUCACUGUAAAGACAAAUAAAUGAUUAUAUUCACAGACUGAUUGGAACUUUUUCUGUUAAAGAAUACACAUUAUAAUAGCCCCUGGAUAGCACUCCUCCUGAUCCAUGCUCAACUUUGACCCUCGCCUUAGCUUGGAAAUGGAGGUGGUAGGAAGUAGCUGGUGUAUUGCAGUGCGCCUACAGGCUUCUCUCUGUAGGGAUUGUCUCGCCAGAAGCUUCACAUUGUCUCCUGCCAUCCAGUUUUCUUCUUUUCUUCUCUUGCCUGUGACUAGGACUUUGAAUAGUGUUACAAAAGUAAGGCUCGUUCUUCCUGUGACACAAGUUAGCGAUACAAGGCCCCCUAUGGGUGCUGCCCGAUAGCUUCCUGAGUCUGCAGAGCACUUCAGAUCCUUUGCGCAAUGAGCCGGAGUGUGAAGCUUUACUAAUCAGUAUCUGACCAAAGUAUUAAUUAUUUUCUUUUGUUUGAAGCCUGACUUUAUUACCACUGAAAUAGCUUGAUAUUUAUUUAUUAAAACUGGCAUUAAAUUAUUCAGUGAGUUUUUAAAUUAAAACAUACUUAAAUUGAUCUGAGCCAAAGACAAGAGGGAGUGGCUAUAAGGAAAUUGUAAAAAAUGGAGGCACAAUAAUGUUGCUUUAUAGGGAUAGUUGAUGUAUUUGUGUAUCGGACCUAUGCUGUAUUUAUGUUCACUUUAAACGAGCACUCAUGUUAAGCAUGCAUGAGACCCUACGUUCAGAUCCCAGCACCAAAAAACCACCACCACCAAAAAACAAUAAAAUUAGACCUGAAGUAAUGUAGUCAAGGUGUGACCACCUGUGCACCUGUGUCACCUGCACCCUUUAUUACCAGAACCUCCAACACCCUUUCCUCCCCAGGGGAGAAUGGAGCAGCAGGAUUGCCAAAGCUUUCCAACUGGGUGUUUGGGCUGCUCUGGUUUUGGAACUUUAUUGCCAAAGUGUAACAAUACUUCUUGGAAUUUCUGGUUACUAAAUUUAUAUGUCUGGGCCUUAGGCCCCAUUUUCUGGAAACAUCCCUGCUGGUAGAUGAAUGGCAGACUUGCCAGCUCUGGGAGGAUUGUAGCCAGAGGAUCCCGCCUAGCGGCCAUCAGAGUGACUCAGGCUAAGAAUGUUGGAGUUAACACUGAUAUUUCUUAAAGAGCUAGUGUUACUAUUGGAAUGGCUUUCCAAAAGUUGUUCUUCUCCUACCCAAACCUCAACUCUUUACAUACAGCUAUGUCUUGAGAUCACGUUUUGGCAAUCAUAUAUUCUUUUUACAACAGAAUCUAGCCCACCAUGCAAACUUGUGUAAAGAGACUUUUGAAGCCAACUGACAGUGACCAUACCACAAAGCUUCAGUAGUUAUUCCCUGUGUCCUUCGCUCAGGUAGACACAAGGUGUAAAAGCCAUUAUAAAGCGGUGUCUUAGUGACCAUCGCAUGAGGCUGAGAUGUUUCCAGUAUACCCACAGGACUUGUCUGAAAUUAAAUUCAUCAUUUUAUCACCACAACCUGCCAUCAUCUUGGAUUCUUCAACUUGGCUCAAAAUCAACUUCAGCUGGACAAGACAGAGAUACAGGGACGAUGUUGGAUGUUGCUCAUUCCCCUGCUUGCAACAUCUUAGUCCUGUUACAAGUGCUGAGGUAGCCACACCCCUCACAUCCUUCCCUCCAGAACCACUAAGUUCACAGGAACCUUCUUCCCUCCCUUUGGACUUUUGAAUAGCUUUCCCCUUUUCCAGGUGUUCCCCGUCCUUUCUUCUAUUUCCCCGCUUUUGUCUCCUGAGAUAGUCUCCAAAGAAGCAGAGGUGAUCACGUCCCUUCCCUGCUUAGAGUUCCUCAUGCCUUUAAAUGCAGGUUCAAGUGUCAGAACAGGAACUUUGCAGUUAGAGAGCCCGUCAGGGCCCUCAGUCUCCUUGAGUUCUUCCCUCCUCGGUGAUACAGGAAUAACAAUACCUACCUCAUAGAGUUGAGAGGAUUCCGCCAGAUGCUGUUGGCCAGGUGCUUGGUACAGCGCCUGGCACUUAGCGGGCACACUCAGGAGAAUGCUGUCACCGUCCUCCCUGUUACUUUCAAGAGGCGUUUGUCAGUAACCCUGACUGUCUUCGUCGCUCUGUUUUCAGUACCCCAUUUCUCUGUAGAGAAUUCUGAAACCUGUUUGAUUUGUUGAUUCUGUGUCUCUUUAGUAGAAUGUAAGCUCCAGGAGAGCAAGGCUGUUUCCUGGUACAGCCCCAGCCCUUUGCCUGUUGCACGUAGUUGGCCUCGCCCUGUUGCUGUCCCCAUUGCCUUUCCCUUCAAGAAAAGCCACAUCACUUCUCCCUUGAAGUUCUACUGGGCCUCAGUGUCUGUACCCGUUACUCCUGCCUACCUGUCUAACAUGGCAAGUCCCUGCUCGCGGACCAGUGUCAGCUCAGUGGCGACCUCCUGCUGCUGCCCAGAUUUCUCCAGGCAGAUGCUCUUCUUCUUAUCUGAGUUUUCACUGUAUUUUGUAAAUACCUUCGCGGAGGCACUUUAUUGUAUUGUAAAAAAUGUUAUGCAUGUCUGUCUCUAGUAUGAUCUGUAAUCAAAGUAAAAGCAGAGCUGGUGUCUUUCCAUCUUAAGCCCCCCAGGGCCUUGGACAAUGCCUGGAAUGUGCUUGUCAGUAAGGAUUUGUUGACUGAGUUUGUGUGUGAAUAAAAGACUCAUGCAGGUAGAAAACAAGUUUUAUCAAGACAGAGUGCCCAAUGGCUUCCGGAAAUUUUUCCUUUACAAAGCAUUAUAUAAUCUCUUUGAAUGUUAUAAUGUUUAAAUUUUAAAAAUAAUACAAGUUUAAUAUAGAUCUUCAUAAAUGAUUGCAAAAGAUAUCAAAAGCUUUGUGAUCUUUCAAAUGCUAUAGAGUUCAAAAUAAAUAUUUGCACUAUUUCCGUAGUGAAUGCUAUGAGGAAAUGUACAGCAAUAAAUUUUGAAG